UGUAGAUCUGUGUUAUACUGUAACAAAAUGACAAUUCUAAAAAUAAGGAUUUCCUUUUUGUUGAAAUUUGACAAUUUUCUUUUUCCUCGUGUGUUGAACGUGUGAAGACGUAUUAAAAUUAAUAUAAAAUGUCGUCAAAGGUUUCCCGUGACACCUUAUAUGAAGCGGUUAACGCAGUUUUAGAUUUUUCAGCAAAAAAGAAACGUGGAUUUUUGGAGACAGUUGAACUACAAAUUGGAUUAAAGAAUUAUGAUCCACAAAAGGAUAAACGUUUUUCUGGAACUGUUAAACUAAAGCAUAUUCCUAGACCAAAAAUGAAAGUUUGUGUUUUGGGUGAUCAACAACAUUGCGAUGAAGCUAAAGCGAAUGAUGUUCCUUGCAUGGAUGCCGAAGCUUUGAAAAAAUUGAAUAAAAACAAAAAACUUGUUAAAAAGUUGGCUAAAUCAUAUGAUGCAUUUUUAGCUUCUGAAUCAUUGAUUAAACAGAUUCCAAGAUUAUUGGGGCCAGGAUUAAAUAAAGCUGGAAAGUUUCCAGGUCUUUUAUCCCAUCAAGAAUCUAUGGUUGCUAAAAUUGAUGAAGUUAAAGCAACAAUAAAAUUCCAAAUGAAAAAAGUUUUGUGCUUGUCCGUGGCUGUUGGUCAUAUUACAAUGAAACCUGACGAAUUAGUUCAAAAUAUUCAUUUAUCAAUCAACUUUUUAGUUUCAUUGUUGAAAAAGCAUUGGCAAAAUGUUCGUUCAUUGCAUAUUAAAUCAACAAUGGGUCCACCACAACGACUUUAUUAGAGACAGAUCUGUAUUUGUGAACUUAUAAUUCAAUAAAAAUUGAAUAUCCAAUAAA